AUGCAAGAAUUGACAAAUUCACCAGAUUGUCAUUUAUGUUUAGCUAAUUAUAAUUUAUCUUCAUUAAAUAAUCAAAAAUGUUCAUUUAUAUCACCACAUCAUGCUACAAUCUUCUAUGAUGAUUGGACACAACAUUAUGAAUUAAUUAAUUAUAGUGAAUAUGGUACAUGUGUAGAUGGUAUUAUAUAUGGGAAUGAUAUAGAUAGAAAAUUAAUUUAUAUUCCAGAAGAUUUAUCACAUAUGACAUCUAUAUGUGAUUGUACAAGUUUACAUUUUACUCAAAAUGAUAAAACAGAUUCAUUCAAUUUAAUCACUGGUUGGGAAGGGUUUUCUAUUUUAAGACAUGGCUCAAUUAUACAAUUUGGUUGUUAUAAAUUCAUUUUUAGUUUAGUCAAUCAUUCUUUACCUUCCUAUCCAUCAUCAUCAUCAACUUCAUCAUCAUCCUCAACUUCAACAUGGAUGACAAUGAAUAAUAGUUCAACACAAUCUCCUCAUGAAUCACCAAUAUUACUUACAGAUUCUUUAUCAGUAGUAACAAAGGUUUUUUAA